AUGUCCAGUACUAGCGAUAUGGUAUUCACUGAGACUGCGGGACUUCUAAGGAUUGGUGGACCAAAGCUCUGCGAAAUACCGUACAACAUCCACGACAUCCGAAAUGAACAAAUUCCGUUUUAUGAACUUCAGUCUCUUGUCCGAACAUUGAACAUCUGUGCGUCUAUAGAUGUUGUGGAGUGCACACCGUGCUAUGACGAUUCUGCAGAGCCAAUCCCAACAUUACAAGUUUGUGUAGACCCGCGAAGAAAUGAGUCUCGAAAGAACUGGCUCCACGCAGCACAUGAACUGCACGAUCUUCUUUGCAGAUACGGCCUCGAAUAUAUGACAGUUGAUAUCAUUGACUGGCGCCUGGAACAAGGUCCCGGCAUUUUUUUAUGCGAACCGACUGACGCAAUCUUCUCCGGAUGGGAUACGGUUCGCAAACAGAUCCUAGACUCUGUUGAUGUGUCUGGAUUCCAGUUGCUAGGUUGCUAUCGCAUGGGAUACGAAACUUGUACUGCAAACUGCAAACCAACUAUACUCGUCACCGUCGAUCCAAAAUUUGAGCGAGACUGGACUAUCGCUAAGCAGGAUAUCAGUAAUAUCUUGAACAAGCUCGAACUUGCAGUUGACGUGCAGAUUUAUAAAGAUCGCAGCAUCUUCUGCGCCCGCCGACCGUCGAUUCAGAGCGAACUCAACUCACGGCAUCCUACUCACAUGGAGAACUGUCCAAGAGUAGCGACCAUUGGACACAGCGUGGGUGCUCAUAAUAGCGACCGCUACGGCACCUUUGGGGGAUGGCUCAGUAUACGGCAAAAGCCUGACUCUGAAUGGGAACAAUUUGGUUUGACAUGUCGCCAUUGCAUCUUCGGCAACCCCCUCGAGGACCCCGUAAUACACGACCCCACAGCUGAAACGCUGAAGCAUGUGGGAGACAACGGGCUCAGUCUACCUAAGUCGGCGCAGGAGGUCGAUUGUCCAAGUUACGGCGAAAUCAAAGGGUAUAUCGAUGGACUCAAGGAGACUGUCUCCGACCUCAAGAGACAACAUCCUUAUCCCGGCUUGGAAGAACUUAGAUUAUAUAAAGACCCCUUGGAUGAUCUGUCGGAAGCAUGCUGGAAAAAGCUCCGAGCCCCCAUCGAUGCUUACGAAGGCUGGAUUGCAGAGCUAGAGGUCUACUACCAUUCAAAUAUGCAUAGGUUUGGCGAGGUUUGGGCACAUUCUGGCGACGGCCCUCGGACUACGACCACAGUUAUGGACUGGGCGCUUUUGAAGCCCUAUCCAACUCGAGCAUAUCCAUCUAAUAAAUUUGGUGGAUUCGCCCAUCAACAUGAUCCAAGGAGUCUGAAAGUCGAAAACGGGUUUAUCGAGGACAGUAUCUCAUUGAAUCAUCACGAUAUCCUUCACAAGUGUGGUUGUAUAACGAACGUGACUACCGGCCAAUACAACAUGCUUGCCACGACGGUUUUUACUGUUGCAGCAAAUGGAGAACAACGCACGACCGAUGAGCAUUCGGUCAUUUGUAAAAGAGAUAAGUCUUAUUUUGAGCCUGGGGACUCGGGAUCCCUUCUCUUCACCGAAUCGGGAGCGAUGGUCGGAAUGGGCUUUGGGGCACAAGUCGGGGGACAAAUCGUUGUUUUCACUCAUGUCAACGAUCUCGUCGCCGACAUCAAAGGUCAAACGGGGGUUGAUCAGGUCACCUUUUAUGCACAGGAAUGGACUGAUGAGGUGUGCGAGGAAGAGUGA